CUUCAGUUUGGGCACCUGGGCAGUAUCACAGCCCUCACACAAAUCGAAUGAGAUUUGUGAGGCGCAUAUUUAUCUGGUGCUUCCUUGUACCAAUAUUUAUGUGUUUAGAUAAAAUAAACAAACUUUUGAUAUAUACGAAGCACCUGGGAUGACAGAAGACCAUUAUAUUCUUAUGAACUGUCUGAAACUCCUAGGCAUAUCUUUGAAAUAUAAUUACCGUAUUUGUGGAACAUGGCGAAACGCCUGCACGAAAAUAUAAUAGAAGGUUGAUAAGUGAUUAUGAAGAUUGCAAUAAUUUUAACUGAAAAAACCACGAAUAUGUAGAUUGGUUAAUACCUUCGGGAUCCUAGUUAAAGUCAGUAGUAACCUAGAAAACACAUGAAAACCACCGAAAAUCAGAGUCAUGAUAGCGUACUAAAGAUUUAGUCGGACAAAGCACUGUUAACAGUACGAGAGAAAAAAUUUCGCAUAUAACAGAAACUACUUAAAAGCUCCGAAAGGAAGUUUUGCGACGCAUGAGGCACAUCUAUAAACUUUGGUUAAAGCCAAAACUAAACUACCAUUGAACAGUAUGAUUUGCUGAAAAACUAGUGUUUUUGAUUUACCAACUAAUAAAAACAGUAACUAGACACAUAGUAAGAUUGGUGUCUUUAUGAGUAGAGAGAACGUGAUAAAUCCAUGUAGAGAUAAAUACACUGUCAUCCUAAACAAACACCUAACCAUGAAUAUUCAACGACCGAGCAUCCCAAGUGACCGCUAACGAGAAGCUAAAUAACAGACACAUAUUGACUUAGAAAAACAAAUUUUCCUUAAUAAUGCUUGAGGCAUAAUGGAAUGACGUGUCCGUCGAUAUGCACUUUUUAAUUAUAAGCUUUAAAAAAAGCCAAUCUUACCACAUCAACCUUGUAAUUAUUCAGUCUACAAAAACGCCAAUUUUGCGCUUCAUUCAAAAGUGUAGUAGAGCACAGAAAAACAUGAUCACAGAAUCUAACAAAAUAAAAGAUGUUUUGCUACUUCAAAUGACUUCAAAGUAUGAGGACCCAAACCUGUGGAUAGAUAACUACGUAGCAAACCCAUCAGUGUCUGAAACGGAAGUUAAUCACCUGAGAUCUGUUAUGCAAAGGGAUCAAGCACUCAAGAAAGCAGAUAGCGAAAGAAUCUAUUACUUAAUUGGAUCUUUUCCUUCUAAACUACAACCUGAAGUCUUACUCAGUAAUAUGAACCAACUACGUAACAAAAUUCUUGCAGUUCCUGGUAGUGGCUUUGUCUCAACUUACACUACAGUUAUUCAGCCUAGUGAUAUAAAUCCAAUUGAAGAUGAAGAUUCCAUGUCAUAUUUAGAACAUAUUCACAAACGGCAAUCAUGUGCAACCUUGCAGUUACAUAAAUUUACAUCUAAAUUCUCAAAAUUAUGUCCAACAUGUUUACAUCAAUUUAAUUCAUUGACAGAAUCAUAUCGAUGCAUUAAAUGUAAUCGUAAUGUUUGUCAAAAUUGUGCAUACAAAACAUCAUUAUCAAAUUCCAACAUUUUAUGUAAAGAAUGUUGGGAUAUUGCGAAAUGUAUCUGUAAGACCGGUGAUUGGUUUAAUUAUUAUACUAAAACAAAGGAAACCAGUCCGUUAAAAGUUGAUCUAAGGUUUAAACCACUUCAAAGUAAUCUACGUAAGGCAAAGAGUGAAGUGUUUUCAAAAUUGAAUAAUUCAUCGAAAAAUAUUGUCAGCUCAUCUUUUAAACUAAAUGAUAAGAAUGAGAGGAGCUCAUUGAAUGAAAAGUUAAUGGAAGAAACUCAUUCAGUAAAAAGAAGACAAAUAUCAAGAUCUAAGUCACCACAAACUUUAAAAACUCAAAACUCAUGGGAAUAUAUAAAAUCUGGCUCUCACAGUACAAUCGGUAAAAAUUUAUCUGGUUUCUUAGAGCAAUCAAUACUUUCUCGUUCUCAGUCAUAUGAUUAUUUGAGUGGAACAAGUGCUUCAUUGAAAGACAAUGAAGAGUUCAAAGAAAAAUCUAAAAGAAAAAGACACCUUUUACGACUAAAAAGACUAGUGAAGAAAAAUAAAUCAUUUAAAUCCAAUCAAUAUAAAGCCUCCAAUGAAAUGGAUGAAGUAACUCAUGGUGAAAUUGAUGUAUCCAUGGAAUACGAUACUCAAGAUCAACAACUUGGAGUUAGUUUAUGGGCUGCUAAUAAGUUAGCACAUGAAAAAUACAAAAUUGGCUUACCUCAUGCUACAAUCUCGUUGCUUCCAGACAAUAUCAAAUAUAAUCUCAAAGUAUCUGGUGACAAUAAAUGGGAUGGAACAGAUGCAGUUUUCGAUCUUAGUGUUUGUUUUACGGUACAUAGAAGUGAUUUAAACAAGAAAAUUAUUGUAAUAAAGUUAUGGUCUAGAAAAGGUAUAAAAUCACAAUUCACCAUUGGCCAGGCUGUUAUUCCGAUAAAAGAAUGUAAUCUUUUGCUCAAAGCAUGUAGACAGUACUUUCAAUUGAUAAGUGAAAAUAAUUCAAUCAUUACAAAUUCUAACAUAAAUUCGGCUUACUACGGUCAAAUCAAACUUGCUUUACGUUUUGCAAUAUCUGAUUAUCAGAAAAAAGUGUUGUGUGUAGCUGAUGAAGCUAUUGAUUUGAUUGGCGUAUUGGAUGUCUGGAUAAAGGAAGGAAAAAAUUUACAUUCACAUAAAGCUGGUACAGAUAUAAACUCUUACGUGACUGUGGAACUAACUGAUCCUGAACACAAAACAGAAUGUCGAAGUACUGAUCAAAUUCUACGAAGUGAUCAACCACUUUGGAAUAGUUUACUACAGUUUUCAAACAAAUAUCUUAGUGAAUUAAUCGAAUCUACUAUGAAAAUAUUUAUUUGGAAUCGUUCAAGUAACUUCAGCGAUCCAGAACUAUUAGGAAUCGUACAAAUUUCCAAUAAAGGUAAUGACAUAUAUAAAUAUAUAAACACGGUUUACCUCAAUAUAUUUAUGAAAGUAUGUACCCUACGGAUGAUUAACUUGCUGAAUUAAACUACUAUGUACAAACAUAAGGUCCGAAUCAGACAAUCAUAGAUGUUUUAUGAAUGAAAGAAUACUUUGAAUACAGUAAACAUAUAGAAAUUUACAUCUUUUAUCCCAUUAUCGUUUAAGUACAUACAAUAAUACAAUAAUGAAUGACAUGAGAACGAAAUAGUUGCCAGUUAUACUAAUUGCGUAGCAUUACUCUCUUUAUUCUUCGACAACCUUUCAAUAAUUAAAAAAGAAUAUCGAUAAUGAUGAUUUUGUUGAAGUUACUCCAUACUUUCCCAUGAAACCUAUAAACAGAGGCAACAUAAAUUGAAUUGUUCCAGAUAGAAUGGAAAAUCAACAUUGAAGAAAUUUCACCUCAGUCAAAGAUGUGAACUAUUUCUAUUCAUGCUUACUGGUUAAAACAUAAUUCAACCAUCACGAUCUGAAAAUAAUAUUUAAGGAAAUGUUUGAUGGAUUCACGUAAAAUAUCAUUUUCCGAUGUGAUAUAUGAUUUUUAAUUACUACAAUUCUCUCUGAACUCUAAAAUACAUUGUCCUACCGCUUACUGAUAUAAUUUCCUUUCAGUACAUCUUCAUACGUUUGAGAAUAUCAAUUUUAUAUUACAGCUGUACUAAAGAAUUUUAUUAUUAUAAAGUAUAUCUCUUUUCUGAUCUUGUUUUUCAUUCUAAUUUUUCCUUUAAACCGAAGAAGAAUCUGAAUUAAUAGAUACAGCCAAUGAUAACAGCGUGAAUGCUAAUGUGUAUCAAGGCAUUACAGUAAUGAGGAGUACAUCACUAUGGGAAUCUGUAACAUCUAAACCUGGUGAAUGGAUAGAAGGUCUGCUUAAUAUUACAGCACCUAAUAUAAAAUAAAAAGAAAUAUAAAACUAUUUUAUAUAAAUAUCUGUGUAUAUGAAUCUUGUAACUACUUGAAAUUUAAAAGUAGUAUUCGAAUGUUCAUUUCUAUUAUUGAUAUAUGAUUCAUGAAUGCUAUUCAAUAACAAUAGAGCUCACAAAGUUAUUAACAUCAAGAAUUCAACUUGAAUUUAAAAGUUAUUCAAUAGAUUUUAAAUAUUUUCUUACUUUAUUUUUCUUAUACUACUUUUAUAACAACCUACUUAUAAAGUAUUAUAUUGUUUUUUUAGAAAAAAUUAAUCCAUCUAAAAUAAGUAACCGUUUGAAUGGUUAUUAUUACUAAUACUGUAAUUAAAUUAACUGUUAAAAGUUAAUUAAAUAUAAUUGAAUUUUAAGGCAAAAUAUAAUAAAGAGGAUUUUUUUGUUGGUAAGUUCUUUACGUGGUCACGGCUAAUAUAGUUUACGACUUCGAUUCCUUUAGAGCUUCUGAAGGUUUUAUUGGGCCUUCUGAGAGCCGUCUCAAUAGUUUUAUGCAAUUAGUUCCCUUUAUGAAUUUAAAU